AUCUUUACUUCGAUUGUUAGUGAUGCUCAUUGGCCUUAGCUUUAUAUGGAUUGUUAAUAUUUAUGUCCUGAGUAUAAGUGAUCUGGUACCUUCGAAGCCAACACCAUGUUUUACCGAUGGCGACUGUCCAAGUGCAUUGGAAAAAUGCGCAUACGGAUCUUGGAAAGGCCUUGGAAACUGUCACAGGAAAAACAAAGAAUUUUCUUCCAGUCAACUCAAAAGAAGCGAACACAUGGAUGCCAGGAGAAUUUUCAGAAAGAGAAGAUUGGUACGCCGGAAACGGAAUCCAAUUAAUCUAUGGCAAGAUUCGCACUUGCCACAGAAAAUGUGGCAGGUUUGGGUGUCAUUGAAGCAGACCGAGGAAGUAACACCUCCAGAACUGUUCUCGCCGAUUGACAAGCACGGGUCUAGAACGCCCUUUGAUAAUAUUGUAGCCGACUUAUUGUCAACAGGACGAUCUUAUGUCACAUUCAACGGUGUGAACAUUACUGUUACUGUUCAUCCAGCUGCAGAUAGCUCCUCAGACUGGUUUAUCGCACUCAGAAGAGACGUCUCCGGCAUGAAAGAUAGGAGACCAGAGCGUCGGAUAUUAAACAGUGUCGGUCAUAAGCAUUACAUACAUUCAACGCGUCAUCAAAAUCGUAACUAUGCAACCUCACUUCUAGAAAAACCUCAGAAUGACAGUCAUAAUGGAAUGGGAGGGAAUACGUCUGCUCAGUAUCCCUUGACAGUGCCCACCAGUCAAAGCGAAGGGUUAGGUAUUCGUAGGCGCUUUCGCCGACAAGUGCCAUUGAGAUCAACAUUACAUCUAUCUGCUGAUCCACUCAUUAACCGCGUUGCAGCUGUGAGCCCCAUUAUUCCAGCCGCAGAAGAUAUUAUCAUGAAAAGCAUCGACAAACGCUCACCUAAGUCAAGAAAAUGGAGCCAAAGAGCCCGACGGGGGGACGAAGAGGCAGAAAGCGCGCUGAGGCCUCUGCCAGCAGUUCUGGAAAACAUCGAAGACGGACCAGUCAUCAUCGAAGACCUCUUUGCUCCGAAGCAAAGCUUAUCCCCCCUAAGAAAAAAACGACAUCACAAACACUUAACUGAGGUAAUUAGAACUACGAAAAACGCCUACGAUGAGGUCAAGGUGGAGAGCAGCGAUGGUGACUCGGCCACCACCGACACAUCUGGUGUGGAGAGCACAAGUACAGAGCCGCCAACAACAAUGGAAAUCAUUAUAGUGAAGGAAGGCCACGACAAUGUUUUCGGCGAGAGUUCGAGAGAUGACAACAAUAACACCGAAGGCUCAAUGGGCAAGACUGGAGUCUAUCAGGCAGCUCUAAUCGACUGA